GAGAGAGAGAGAGGGAGAGAGAGAGAGGGUGGGCUUCUGUGAUGCGGGAGAAAAUUUCUGUACUGCUUUCAUUACUGUUAUGUACUGCCUUCAGCUUAGUAUAGACUAGAGUUUAUCAUCGACUUGAAGCCAGCACGAAGGCUCACUGGAAACGGUACUACUACAUGUUGGGAACAUGCGCAUCACAGGCCGUAUGACUUUUGUUGCUACAUCUAACUCUGCUGAUCUCCAUAACAAUUGUUUAGCAACCUCAGGAUGAUGUAUUGCAAAAGGACAUGGUGGCGUUAAGACUACUAUAAACGAAAUAGUAGCUAUGACUAGGACACCGGCAAGUCUCGAUAUUCCGUGUGCGUUCGGGUUUAUGUCCCUGACUGUAUAACUCAUACUGAUACCUCAGGUAACGAUGAAGCGGAUAAAUAUCUGCGGCCACAGGACCUGAAGAAGACGGGUGACCAUUCACUGCCGCAGGAGGGCUACAUGGAAUUCAACACAGGAGCGCGAUCUGCCAGUAUGCGCUCCCUCAGCUCACACAGAUCCAACACUGUGAAACGAGCAUCAUUUGCAAGAGACGGCAUGAUUGAGGACAUCCUAGUUCCAACCAAAACCACGCACCUCGCAGUCCCUCUGGAACAGAAUGAGUGUUUCAGGCAUUAUAGCUGGACCCAAGACACUGUGGACCAAUCACAGAAUACCAUGUCCAGUCCCAUCCACUCAGGGUUUCUGGUGAGCUUCAUGGUGGAUGCCAGGGGUGGGUCUAUGAGAGGAAGUCGUCAUAAUGGCAUGCGCAUUAUCAUCCCACCUAGGAACUGUCCAGCACCAACACGAGUUACAUGUCGCUUGUCAAAGCGCCAGUGCCUGCCAUACCCACCCCCCAUGGUGGAGGGUGAGGGGCUUGUCAGCAGGCUAGUCGAAGUGGGACCAGCCGGAGCCCAUUUUUUAGGGCCCGUCAUUGUGGAGAUCCCACAUUUUGGCUCUAUGCGUGGUAAGGAGCGUGAGUUGAUUGUACUGCGCAGUGAUAAUGGUAAUACAUGGAAGGAGCAUCAUUAUGAAUGCUGCCCAGAAGAUCUCUUUGCUCUGCUAAAUGGCAUGGAUGAAGAACUGGACAGCCCUGCUGAGCUGGAGAAAAAGCAUAUCUGCCGCAUCAUUACUAAAGACUUCCCACAAUACUUUGCAGUUGUAUCUCGUAUUAAACAGGAGAAUGACUACAUAGGUCCCGAGGGUGGAGUGUUAACUAGUGAAUCUGUUCCAAUGGUGAGGGCUGCUUUUCCUCCUGGAGCACUCACAAAGAAGAUACGUGUCGGUUUACAGGCUCAGCCAGUGCCAGAGGAAAUUGUGCACAGUUUGAUUGCCAACCGAGCCUCAUUCAGCCCCAUUGUAACUGUAGAACCCAGGAGGAGGAAGUUUCAUAAACCCAUCACCAUGACAAUUCCUGUCCCACCCAGAGCUAAGGAGGUCACAGCUAAAGGACGUAAAGGAGACCAUGUUCCCUGCUUGAGACUGCUCUGCAGCAUCACAGGUGGCACUUCUUCAGCUCAAUGGGAGGAUAUCACUGGCACUACUCCACUCUCCUUUGUCACUGACUGUGUCUCAUUUACUACAAAUGUUUCAGCCAGAUUCUGGCUAGCAGACUGUCAGCAAGUGAGUGAGAUAGUUGCUCUGGCAAACCUAGUUUACAAGGAGUUGAUUUGUGUGCCAUACCGUGCCAAAUUUGUGGUGUUUGCAAAGCCCAUUGACUUAUCAGAGGCACAGCUCCGUGUCUUCUGUAUUACUGAUGAUAAGGUGGACAAAACACUUGAGCAGCAGGAAAACUUUGAGGAAGUGGCCAGGAGCAAAGAUACUGAGAUUUCAGAGGGAAAGCUUAUCUAUGUUCAUUGCUAUGGCAAUCUGUCUCCUGUCAGCAAGAUCAGCCAGCAGCUUGUUUUUACCUUCUAUGCCUUCAAAGAGAACAGACUAGCUUUAAGUGUCAAGGUGUGGGACAUGGGACAGGAGCCAUGUGGAAGACUCUCGUUUCUCAAAGAGAUGAAGAGUACCAAAGGCCUUUCACAUAGCGCUAUCUGCAACCUUAAUUUCACACUGCCAGCACACAAGAAGGAGAUGGAGACGGAACAUGAUAAUGGGAAUGACAAAGAUCAACGUCAUAUCAUUGCUUCAUUAGCAUUACGACAGCGCUUCAGCCAUCUGUCUGAUCCUAUGUCCCAAAAUACAGAAAGAGGAACCUCUGCUUUGAAAACCACAUCACAGACUUCUGGCUAUUCCUACAAACCUGCUCUUAUGACACACCAAUAUCAGGCUCGGGUACCCAGCCCAGCUGCUAGUGCCAGUGGCCAAGCCAAGUCAGGAUUUCACUCUCUCUCUAGCUCAUCAUCCAACACUCCAUCUGCCUCCCCACUGAAGUCUGUGUUGUCAGAAAAUUCUGAAUUCUCCAUGAGAUCAGUCAUCAGAAGUUCAUUAACACCUUCUGUCAAGUCUGUCAGUGAUGUUGCAUUACCAGUACGCUCCUACAAAGCUGUUUCCUCGUCACAAAAGACAUUGGAGCAACAAGGUCAGGCAUCUCUGACUGUCUUGUCAUCUCCAGUAAAAACUGGCCCUGAGUCUGUUUCUGUAAAUGCUUUGCCAUCUCUUUCAGCAAGAACCUCUUCACUACCAGCUGGAGGCUCACUGAAGGAGAAAUCUUUUAUCACUAAGACUCCACCUGCUUCGCCUAAGUCUUCUCUGAGCAUAUAUAGCUCGAAUUUUUCAUAUAAAUCUGCCAAUACCUCAAAAGAUCCAACAACUGCUUCCCCCAGUAAACAAUUUUCAGGGCUAAACACAGUCAGAACAGCAACAGACACAACCAGCUCUCAUACCUCUCCAACUAAAUAUCGCUCCACCUCACCCACCUUUCUUCUAUCUGGCAGCCUACAAGAGAGGAUACAGGCUACCACAAUUGCUGCCACAAACGGUGUGGAUGCUGCUUUUGAUGAAGUAGAGAGGACACUAAACUCAUUUUCUGCAGGCUAUGAUAAACUCAAGGCUGUGUCAUCUUCACCACCUUCCUUCCAUCAGUCUAUCAGGUCUUCAGCUUCUGUCUAUGGCUCUCUAAAAUCCCCACCCAACUCCACCACGUCUGCCACCUAUAGCACAGUUGCAGUGCCUGUUUAUUCAGUUCAAAAUGUUUUGCCAGAACCCCAGUUUAAAAAGCUUCCUGACAUCUCCAAAUCAACAGCAGCACGUUUAUCCCCUAGAAAAGCUAUGGCCCCAAAGGCCAAUGCUCUAACACAGUCUACCUCUGCCAGAAUCCAGUCCCCUGAUAAAACAUUUCCAUUCAUGUCCCCUACCACUUCCUCAUCCCCUCUGUCAAAUAGCCAGGAUAUACUGAAGGAUGUACAUGAAAUGAAGGAGGAUUUAAUUAGAAUGUCAGCUAUUUUGCAAACUGAUACAGGAGCUGUUUCCAAAGGUUUCCAGUCUGAUUCAUCUAUGGAACAUAAAAUAGAAGAUGAGGAACAAUACAAAAUUAUGAAGAAAGUCAAACAAGACUUAGUUAAGGUUAGUGAUAUACUAACCAAUGAUAUUCUGAUGGAAAAUAAAAAAUACAAGAAAGGUGGCAAGACUGAAGAUUUAGAGGAUGACAUUGAUAACAACCAACCAAAUGGAUGGAGGUGUCCCCCUCGGUAUGAGACAAUAGCACCUCAGGUCAAAACACGUAUUAUGACUGACAGAGAUUUUAACUUGGCAAAAGUGGUUGACUAUAUAACCAAUGACAAUGCCAAACAUUCCUUAUCCAAUACUGUAGCAACACAGAGAAAUGAAGAGACUAGGAGAGAGAGAAAGGAAAAACUUAAACAUGAUUUAAAACCUGCUAUGGCAGUUCAUGUACACAAGGUCAAAAUGCCCCCAUUGACAAUACACCCUUCACCAUCAGAGAAAGAGCUAUCUAAGUUAGCAGAUGCAUUAUUUGGUACAAACACCAUUUUAGACUCAGAUGAUAUCUCUCAUGAUAUCUCUCAAGAUAAAAGUCCCCUGUCAGACAGUGGAUUUGAGACCCGGAGUGAGAGGACACCAUCAGCUCCACAGAGUGCUGACAGCAUGGGGCCAAUAGCCCCCUUUCAGGAAAUCUCACCAGUCCUCACUGAAACACGGACUGAAACUGUACAGGUCAUACAGAGAUACAAACCUCCAGAGGACACAUAUGAGCCUGUAGUGGAUGAGGUUAAAAAGGCAAAUUCUCCAGCACAAUGCAGUGACACAGAUUUCAGAUUGCCUAGAAACUACAAUAAAGAUAAAGCAAAAACUUGCCAAACCAGAUCCAGUCCUGAGGAAGAUCUUGUGUGUAAAGGCAUGCAACUUAAAGAGGAGACUCAUAUAACAACAACCACCCGAAUGUUAUAUCACAAACCAACAAGUAAGGAGACAACUUCAAAGAGGUUUGAAGAGACUAUUAUGAAAUCCUUACAGUCUGGCCGAGAUCCCUCCAGAGUGUUAAGUGGCCUUUUUGGACAUCUGGGCAGCAAGGAAGGAUGUAAAGUACCACAAAGACCUAUAAACAAUGAAUCAGUGAACAAAGUGGAACACAUUAUUGAGGUUCACAUUGAAAAAGGAAAUAAAACUGAACCUACAAAGGUCAUCAUAAUGGAAACAAAAAAUCACCCUGAGAAAGAAAUGUAUAUUUAUGAAAGUAACAGCAACAAUGAAUUUCAAAACAGAGAUGAAGUGGAGAAAGUAAUCACACCUUUCUUACAGGAGGAUGAUAUCAAGACCACCACUGUCCAGUUAGUGACCAAAGACCUAUACAAAACUUUAAAAUUACAAAGACCACACUCAGUGGAGUACCAUGAAGAAGAGUCAUCACUUAUGAGAAAAGACUCAAAUAAAAUGAAAGAUACAAUGCUAUUCUCUGAGAAAUUUGACGCUUCUAAUCCUGACACAGACAAAACUUUGACUGAAGGGUCUCAUUUUUAUAAAGUGAGAACACAUGGUGGCUCAGUGAGAUAUGUCAUGCUUAAACCAGGUGAUGUCUUAGAUGACAAUGAAAUAUGUGAUAAUCUAGACCUACUGCAGUAUGCUUCAGAUCCUACUAGACCAAAGAGAUCAAUUUGGACAAAAGUAUCUGAGGACAGGCACGGAGGAAGUACAGAGAAAUGUAGAUUUGAAGACAGGGUAGAUAAAUCUGUCAAAGAAGCAGAGGAAAAGCUUAAUGAGGUGUCAUGGUUCUUCCGGGAUAAAACUGAGAAACUAAAGGAUGAACUUAAGUCCCCUGAGAAGAAAAAUCAUAUUGCAAACAUUCAAGAAACUAAAUCUCUGCCCAGUUCUACCUACAGCAGCCCAGAGAGAACAAUAUUGAAGGAUGGGGGUGGUGGAGAACAGUGGAGCAGAGAAAGGUUUGGAGACAGAUAUGGUCCUAAUGAUAGGAAGUGUGCCAGUCUUCCAAGUAACCCAGAAUGUGUUUCACUUCAAUACAGUGAGGAUAACAGAAAACAAGGGGACCUCUCAUUAGCCAGCAGUGCAGGUAAAUCGACUAAAUGUUUCCAGCCAUCAGCUAAGGUUAGUUCAGUUGGAAUGAAAUUUGAAGCUGAUACUAAAAAGCAAGAUAAGGUACCUCAAUGUGGUCAAACAUCUGGUGAAGUAGUAAAAAAGCUGCAGGAAAAUAAAUUACCUGUCUAUCAGUUGUUUUCUGGAGGGAAUCAUCCCAAUCCAAAAGAGUCAGGUGAGCAUUGCUCAAAGGAUAUUGAGAGGAGGCAAAGUUAUAAUGUCAGAAAAGCUCAAUUAUUUAAUGAGUGUGACAACACCAUUCCCAAACAACACAAAAGUUUAUACAGCAAAAAUAAGGUUAACACAACUUGGGGAAGUCAUGGCAAUGGACACCAUAAAUGCCAGAAGUCAAAGAUUUCCAAAACAUUUGAAAAAAACACUUUGGUUGACAGUGAAGGCAGUGAUAAAUUAACCAAAGAAGAAACAAACAAAAAUAUCAUAUAUACUGAGAUACCAAUUCAGGAAGACCCCACCAGUAUUGAAAAAUAUGGUGUUUCUUUAAAAAAAAAAUUGGAAUUACACAUUCCUGUUAGGGUUUCAUCUAGUUUUGUAGACCAUACGAAAAGUACAAUAGAGCUAGAUUCAUCUGUUAAAACUGAUGUAACAGGACCACACACACCAACAUUAACUAGAAGCAAACACUGUAGUUGUGAUGCAAAUAAUUCAUUCGGUGAUGUGUUGUCACUAGGACAAAUGAAUGUAGUCUGCAAUAGCACUGACUGUGAAAAAACUGAGUAUACAGAGAGAGUAACUCCAAAUGUCACAGUGGAUAUCAAACCUUUACCAGUUUAUGUCAGCAUUCCAGUGGGCAAACAGUAUGAGAAAGAGGCAGUCACUGUACAACCUAGCACAUACAAAAAAGUUGUAAGUCAUGUGAGCCAAACAAAUCAUGAGGCAAGGGAAGUAUUUUAUACUGCUAUACAGAAACAGCAGCCUUCACCUGGGGGGGACCCAGAGGAUGACACACUGGAGCACAAAAUCUUCAUGGACGGUUUGGGAAGACGUUUAAUGACUCCUGAGACACCCAGCACUGAUGAAGUUAUUUAUGACUUAAAUUCCCAAGUACCCAGCCCAGUUCCGGAGGAGUCAAAGGAAGAAGCAAAGACCCUUAUUUCCAGGGACAUACCAGGAGAGAAAGCCAAAGGUGUUACUCCAACAAAAUUCUCCAAAGGGAACCAUGAGUCACCAAGAUCCACAGGCAAACAUGUAUCAUACUUUGAAUUUCCACCACUUCCACCCCAGGGCACUCAACAGUCUGACCAGGUGGAACUUAAUGUGGUGGGCUCACCAGCUUCUGAGCCAGACACAGAGAUGAUGGAGGUGAAUCUUCAAGAGGAGCAUGAUAGACACCUUUUUGCUGAGCCUGUUAUUCAAGUAUAUCCACCAUCUCCUAUCCCACCUGGGGCUGAUGACAGUGAUUCCAGUGAUGAUGAGUCUGUCAUACAGCCCAUACCUCUUAAGAAGUAUAAUUUUAAAAUGACUCAGAAUGGUAAAAAGUGCAUCAUGCCUAAAAGCCCAGAUAAAAAUGGAUCCUGUCACAAAGAGUCACAUUAUGUGUCACAGGGUGUCAUUAAGAGGGAUGAGGAGGAUGAGCAAAAUGGCAAUGAUCAGUCUGUUACUGACUGCUCUAUAGCGACAACGGCUGAAUUUUCCCAUGACACUGAUGCCACAGAGAUAGACUCACUGGAUGGGUAUGAUUUACAGGAUGAGGAUGAUGGGUUAAGUGAUACCAAGACCUCAGGCCUUUCAAAUGAUGGGAAGACAGGUAGUUGCACCUUCAGCCAGACCAAACUUGAGGUUGUAAAAGAGGGCACACCAAAUGAGGAUGAAAAUACAAAGUCUAAAAGCAACUUGUACAAAAAAACAGAAAGUGGUAAAGAUCAAUGCAAGAUCUACUCUUUAGAGGGAAGACACCCUGAUAGACAGGAGUUUGCAGAUAGCUACUUCAGCUACAAGCUUGAGGACGAAUUACCUUCUACUUUCAAUACUGUUGCCACUAAAGACUUUGAUCCAUGGUCAAACAAAGGAAGAGAGGAAGAGGUGGUUGGGGCCAAAAGCAAAGAUGAAGAUCCAAAACAUUUUAGUUUGUUGGUGGAGGACAAAUCACAAGCUACUACACCAGACACCACUCCAGCUCGAACACCAACUGAUGACAGCACCCCAACUAGCGAGCCUAACCCCUUUCCCUUCCAUGAGGGCAAGAUGUUUGAGAUGACCCGCAGUGGUGCUAUUGACAUGAGCAAGCGCGACUUUGUUGAAGAGAGGCUUCAAUUUUUUCAGAUUGGUCCACAGAGCCCAUGUGAGAGAACAGACAUUCGCACGGCUAUUGUGGCUGAUCAUCUGGGGCUUAGCUGGACUGAGUUGGCCCGAGAAAUGAAUUUCUCAGUGGAAGAGAUUAAUCACAUCCGUAUGGAAAACCCCAACUCCCUCACUGCCCAGAGUUUCAUGCUUUUGAAGAAGUGGGUGACCAGAGAUGGAAAAAAUGCAACCACGGAUGCUCUGUCUGCGGUGUUGACCAAAGUGAACCGGAUGGACAUUGUGACUCUACUGGAAGGGCCCAUAUUUGACUAUGGUAACAUUUCAGGCACCAGAAGUUUUGCAGAUGAUAGCGCUGUGGAGAAAGCAGAUGCUUCAUCUUCAUCAAGGCACAAACUCUGACUGCUGCACUGUGAAGAGCUGAGACUGUCCCAGGGGAUCAGCAGAAAAAUACCCAAACCACCACAACCAUGCUUCAGUUAAAGUCACAUAAAUCAUAUUUUCCCUAUUCAUAUAUUUGAUACAAAUAUUAACUGAACUCUGGACCUG